AGCUGGUUCCUGUUCAGUCCAAGCAAAAGGUAAAAGAGAGGACUGCAAUUCAUAAGGCCAGAACUGAAAAACACUGAGAGGCAACCUAGAGGAGGCCAUCACUGCCUCUCUGAUGGUAACACCAUAUGAACAACUUCUUACCUGCUGGAAGAGUGGCAAAUUAUUACAGCCUGAAAACUGUUUUAGCAGUGUCAGAGUUCUGCUGGGUCCCCAAAAUUGCCUGAAAUUUCUCCCUGGCACCCAUUUCCUGUAUAUAACAAUCAGACUUCAGUAAUCAUGAGUUUUCUAUGUGUUUUCUGAUGUAAAAGCCUACAUAACGUCUUUUGGAUUCAUCAUGCAUGGACCAAAGAUCCCGUGGAGAACCCUGCCAGAAUGACCAGCAGUCACACAGACUGUCAUUACUGCCUGCAGUCUCUUCGUGGAAGGAAGUAUGCAUUAAGAGAAGAAAACGCUUAUUGUGUUUCAUGUUAUGACAGCCUGUUUGCCAGCCCCUGUGAAGAGUGCAAGCAGCCUAUUGAGUGUGAUUCCAAGGAUCUGGCCUACAAAGGCCGCCACUGGCAUGAGGGGUGCUUCAAGUGUGCCAAAUGCAGUCGUUCACUGGUGGAGAAACCAUUUGCUGCCAAAGACGAGGUCUUGCUGUGUACUGAAUGCUAUUCUGAUGAGUAUUCAUCUAAGUGUUUCCACUGCCAGAAGACCAUUAUGCCUGGUUCCCGUAAAAUGGAAUUUAAGGGAAGUUCCUGGCAUGAAUCCUGUUUUGUUUGCCAGUAUUGCCGGCAACCAUUGGGAAUCAAACCAUUCAUCACCAAAGACAAUGAGAACUACUGUGUGCCCUGUUUUGAGAAGCAAUUUGCUCACCAUUGCUACUCUUGCAAAAAGGUAAUAACUUCUGGGGGAGUGACUUACCAUGACCAGCCUUGGCAUAAAGAAUGCUUUGUAUGCGCUGGGUGUAAAACACAGCUGUCUGGACAAAGGUUUAUUUCCAAAGAUGAGUAUCCAUACUGUGUAGACUGUUUCAGCAAACUGUAUGCUAAGAAGUGUGCUGCUUGCAAGAAACCUAUUACAGCUCCUGGAAGUGCCAAAUUUAUCUCCUUUGAAGAGCGCCAGUGGCAUGGGGAAUGCUUUAACUGUGCGAAAUGCUCUGUUUCACUGGUGGGCCAGGGAUUCCUCACUCAGCAGGAUGAUGUCCUUUGCCAUGAAUGUGGCUCUGCUUCAUAGUUCUGUGGAGAGCUGUACAGCUGCAUUAUUCUUACUUAGUAACAAUGUACUUCGUUACUCUGCAUUAAGAAAACCAUGUAAGAGGUAUAACAGUUAUUUAGUCAUAGAAUCAUAGAAUAGUUAGGGUUGGAAAGGACCUUAAGAUCAUCUAGUUCCAACCCCCCUGCCAUGGGCAGGGACACCUCACACUAAACCAUAUUACCCAAGGCUCUGUCCAACCUGGCCUUGAACACUGCCAGGGAUGGAGCAUUCACAGUCUCCCUGGGCAGCCCAUUCCAGUGCCUCACCACCUUCACAGUAAAGAAUUUCCUCCUUAUAUCCAAUCUAAACUUCCCCUGUUUAAGUUUUAACCCAUAACCCUUUGUCCUGUCACUACAGUCCCUAAUGAAGAGUCCCUCUCCAGCAUCCCUAUAGGCCCCCUUCAGAUAUUGGAAGGCUGCUAUGAGGUCUCCAUGCAGCCUUCUCUUCUCCAGGCUGAACAGCCCCAACUUUCUCAGCCUGUUUUCACACGGGAGGUGCUCCAGUCCCCUGAUCAUCCUUGUGGCCCUCCUCUGGACUUGUUCCAACAGUUCCAUGUCCUUUUUAUGUUGAGGACACCAGAACUGCACACAAUACUCCAGGUGAGGUCUCACAAGAGCAAAGGGGCAGGAUUGCCUCCUUUGACCUGCUGGUCAUGCUGUUUUUGAUGCAGCCCAGGAUACGGUUGGCUCUCUGGGCUGUGAAAGUAAUCAUUCAAGUAUCUUUCCAAUAGCAGUUUAAUUCUAUCACAGCUCUCAACUGCUUAUAAAAAAAAAUUAAACAGCCCCAAUACUGGUUAAAAAAAAAUAACACAGAAAAGAUUCGUGCACAUUUAAAAUCUAACUGCAGUGUGUUUUGCAGUAUGUUUUACAGUAUGUUUCUCCUUGUAACACACUGCACUCUGCUGUUAGAAGCUCAAAAAUUUACAUUUCAAGUCCCUUAAACCAAAGAGCAUUCUGAAAAGUUUAUAUGGUAUAUAACUAAGAAUGAGGCAUUAGCACUGCUUCACAGGUGCAGACCUUGGUGUAGAAAGCUGGGCAUGUGCAUUUUUCUUUGGAUCGUCACACUGAUGAGAAAACCUUGUAAAUAUCAACUUCCUGCAUACUUUAGGAAAAAAAAGCUGCCAACAAAGCAGGCAGAAACUGGGAGGAAAGGGUACUUUUACAAAGAGGGCUUCCAAGAGCCAGGGCCAGAUAAAGACAAAAAAGGCUAUUUUCCUGUGCUUACUGAGAUUGCUCCUCAGAAACACUGUCUUUAGUCAUCCAAAGAACUUGACAGACAGGUCUUCUCCCAAAACUGGGUGACUGUACUUAAUUUUUCAGGCAUAACUGCUUUAUAACCUAAAGAAACACAUAUUUUGAGCUACUGCAAGAGAUUAAGGUUGUCUGAGAUUGGCUAGUGCUGAUGUACACUUUCCCACAGUUAAUAUGCCUUAAGACUCUGCCUCCAUUGUCUUCACUCGACCUUCAAAUAAUACACACACACAAAAUACAUAUUUUUAUUAGUAGACACAAGAGACAAUCCAUAGUUAUCCCUUCAACCAUGUACUUCUCCACUCAAAAUCCAUUUGACAGCAAUCAAAUUAUAGUAAAUGGCCUUACCAUUUCCACACUGUGAGGUCUUUGAAGCAGAGCGUACCCCUUUUCUUUUAAAUAUGUGCUUGUCUAUAGCAGACUAUAAUCUCUUCAAAAUGGAUACUGACUCAUUUUGCCAUGUGCCACAUCCAUUUGCCAAUAUUAUGUCACGAGCUGGUAAUGUUGUCAUUGAAAGCUAGACACUCCUUGCUUGUAGUACAAGGUAUUAGUUUCUAGGUAGCUGGCUUUGAGAAGGUUAUACCUGUUUGAUGAGCUUCAGCACUCAAUUGUCUAUUAUUAAAGGUCAUGUAGAGCUGAGUUACAAGCAUUUCUCUUCUUCCUUCAUCAAUGCUGUGUAUUGCAGUGGCUUGAUUCAUGUUACAGUGUCUGUACCAGGCUGAUGUGAACUGUGCAGUGAUAUUAAGAAUGGCAGAUUUUGCACCGCGCAGCACUUGUUUAGUCCUCAUCUCACACAUCUCUAAGGCAUACAUUCUCCUUUAGACUCUGACCUUAAGUACCUAGAGUUAUUUGGCUGACUUGAGUGGGCUUUAUUCAUACUGAAUGACAGCCAUUGCUUUAGGUAGAAAUGUAAAAAAAUAAAAAAGUAAAAUAAUGGCGUGUGUGCAUAGCUAAGCCCCAGCUGAACGGCAGUGGCAUAAAAUCAAUGUGGGUAAUGACUGACCAACAAGUACAUAGCAGUCUGGUUUCCAGUCAAUAAAAUAUUGAUCUUUUGUUCUA